UAAAUAAAUGAAAUAAAUCAAUCAAUUAAACAUAAUAGAAAUAAUAGUAAUAAUAGUACCAAUAAUAUUGAUAUAUAAACAAUAUAAUAGUAAUAAGAAACAAAAGAAAAAGAAGAAAAUAUAGAAGAGUACUCCAAAUUUCCGAAUAUAACCUCAAAAUACAAAAGAAAAAAAGUGCAAAUAAAUAGGACAAUAAAAAUGUCAAAAAUCGAGGAUGAAUUAGAAAUUGAGCCAAGCAAUUUUAAAUGUCACAAAUUUGACACAGGAUUUGGAGAAAUAAAAAUUUCGGGCCACGUGAUAAAAAUGGAGAAGAGCAUUUACUUAUGGGUCGGCGAUAAAAAUGAAAAUACAAUGAAUGACUUUUGCCUUGCAAUGCCCACGAAUUAUGAAACGCAACCAAUUGCAACGAAAUUAUUUGGUCCAAUUGCCGACACAACAUCAAUGAGCAUUGCAAAAAGAUUGGCGAAAAAAUUCUCCAUACCUAUUUAUGUUAGUUUUAAUUUAAAUGUCGACAACUUAUCACUGCCGGGAAUUGAGAAAUGUCUACAAACGGAGCUUGGAAAUAUUCCCGAUCUAAUAAAUUGAAAAAACAACAGAAGCAGGAACAGCAAUAAAUAAUCGAUGGAGUACAAAAAAAUAAAAAAAAACUUUAUUUCGUACUUUUUACACAUUUAAAAAAACAUGUUUUACCUAAUUUUUUAUGAAUAAAGAAAAUAAAUUUUUAAUUUUUCGAAAAUUAUAAAAUAAUUAACACUUAAUUAUAGAAGAGUUGACAUUAUGAUGUAUAAAUAAAAAUAUAAGAAUCGUUUUUUUUUCGAUAA